AUGACUAUCGAAUCUACUACUAGCUAUUCAUUUGGUACUAACGCCGUCCACGCCGGUGCUCCACUUGACCCAACUACCGGUGCUGUUAUUGAACCAAUUUCCCUUUCUACCACUUUCGGUCAAUCCGAACCAUCUAAACCAUUGGGUAUUUACGAAUAUUCCAGAUCUGCUAACCCAAACAGAGACAACUUUGAAACUGCUGUUGCCGCUUUGGAAAGCGCCAAAUACGCCAUUGCCUUGUCUUCUGGUUCAGCCACCACUGCCUUGGUUAUCCAAUCCUUGCCAGUUGGUUCUCACAUUGUUUCUUCUGGUGAUGUCUACGGUGGUACCCACAGAUACUUCACUAAAGUUGCUAACACACACGGUGUUGAAGCCCAAUUUGUUGGUAAUUUGGUUGAAGAUUUACAAGGUGCUUUAAGAGAAAACACCAAGUUGGUUUGGUUGGAAACCCCAUCCAACCCAACUUUGCAAGUUACUGAUAUUGCCAAAGUCAAAUCCAUCUUGGCUGACCACCAAGCCAAAACCGGUAACAAAGUUUUAUUGGUUGUUGACAACACCUUCUUGUCCCCAUACCUUUCGAACCCAUUGACCCACGGUGCUGAUGUCGUUGUCCACUCUGUUACCAAAUACAUUAAUGGUCACUCCGAUGUUGUUAUGGGUGUUUUGGCCACCAAUGACUCCGAAUUGCACGAAAGAUUCAGAUUCUUGCAAAAUGCUAUUGGAUCAAUUCCAUCUCCAUUUGAUUCAUGGUUGGCCCACAGAGGUUUGAAGACCUUGCACUUGAGAGUCAGACAAGCUUCCACUUCUGCUCAAAAAAUUGCUGAAUACUUAUCCCAACACCCAGGUGUUUUGAAAGUCAACUACCCAGGUUUGAAAUCACACAAGAACCACGACGUUGUUUUGCGUCAACAAAGAGAUGGUUUAGGUGGUGGUAUGAUUUCUUUCAGAAUUGCCGGUGGUGCUAAAGGUGCUUCUGUUUUCACUUCUUCUACUAAAUUAUUUACUUUGGCUGAAUCCUUGGGUGGUAUUGAAUCAUUGAUUGAAGUUCCAGCUAUUAUGACCCACGGUGGUAUUCCAAAGGAAGAAAGAGAAUCAAACGGUGUCUUUGACGACUUGGUCAGAGUCUCAGUCGGUAUUGAAGACACUGAAGACUUGUUGAAAGAUAUCGAACAAGCUUUAGAAAAGGCUACUUCUGCUUAA